ACUUCAUCGUGGUCAACAAGCACUGGGAUGUCCGCAUCGACAGCAAGAUGUGGUAUGAAAAGCUGACUCUGCAGAGUCAGCUGAAAUACCGAUUUCCAGAACUUGCUGAUCCGGGCACUUACUAUGGCUUCAGCCUCCUUCUGAAGCAACUGUGGAAAGCUGAUACCUGUCACGCCUCUUUCUUUCCGGACGUCUCCUACCUUCAAGGGAUAAAAUCAGGAUAAUCCAGCAAAAACUUGUUCUUUAACAUACAUCACGAGGACGUCGACUCCUGAAUAGAGGUGGGUGAACCUUUAUCUACAAGGAUCCAUUGACUGUAUUUACUGCUUACAGUGCUAUAAUUUUCCUUUACCCGUUCUCCGUUUCCCAAUUUUUUCUUUCCUUGUGUGCAUUUGGAGAGAUACCUUGUUUUUAUCAAAUAACUCAAAGCACAACAGAGCAUUUUGGGGUAACAAUUGCAUUAUAAUAACUCUGAAAUAUGAGAACUGGAAAAAAAUUAGUUAAGCCAUGAAGUCAGAAUAGUAAAACCUGGAUUGUGAAAUGUUUGGAAUUUCUAAAUGGUCCACUUAGUUUUGGCAAUCCAUUACUGGCAUUCCUCAUUUUUACACUAUUCUUCAAGGAAAUUUCCAAAACUUAACAUUUACCUCUAGACAUUUUUGCACCAGGAUCUGGGGAUUUGGGCUACCUGUGGAUCCUGGUUAUACAUUUUAUUGUUUAAACCAGAGGCAAAAACUCAGGAAGUGAAUGUAUUCGUCCACAGUUUGCUUUUCUAAGAAAAGCAAUUAAAAAUGGAUUUCUGCUUGCUCUGUUCGUUUUGAUGUCCUGUUGGCUUCACUUUCCUAUAUUGCCUUGAGCAACGGUUCCGAUUAGGAACCCUAACUUUGCCAGCCGGUCUUUAUGCCUGAGUUUGUGAGAGCGCUCGCUUCUGAAAUGAUUACUGAGCCUGACCUCUCCCAAAGCAUGAAUGGAUACACGGAUGUGGUUGCUCGACCAGCAUGCUGCUUUGUAAGGGGGUCGUUCACGGGGAGGGUAAAACAUGUCAAGCUACAACAACGUUUGCAACCUUCCCCUUUGAAAUCUUUGAGAUGCAUUUUAAGAAACUUUAAAUUGCACAACUGGUGGUGGUUUUCUUUUUACAGUGCCUGGAUGAGACCCACCAUGGCACAGGUGUGUCAGCCUUCAUUCCUGUUGGCAGCUUUUGCACUCUAUAUAGCCUUCUUCGUAGCCAGAGCGGAAGGUGCAUCGUGUCCCGCUGCCAGGAUUAAUGUUUCCGAAGUUUGUGAAGAUGUAGAGAGAAUUGAUGUCAAAAUAUCUGCCAACCUUACUCACCUCGUUUGUGACAAUCUUCAGAAUCUCAGUCAUGUUAACAGUACCUUUAUAAUUCAAGCCUUGGAAUUCACCCUGAGGAAGAAAUACGACCUUCCACUAAAUAUAGUCAGAGUCCUUCUAAAUCAAGUGAAUGAGGAAGAGCUGAUCAAUGCCCUGGAGGAAUUUAAUGAAAAGAUUGUGAACUCUUCCAUAAUUUCCAAUCAAGCAAAAACUGCCAUAAUGCAAGCUUUGUGGGAUGAGAAGCUAAGAAACGAAGGUCGCUUCAACGAGACUGCCUUUGUGAUGUCCUGGUUCCAGAAAAGACUUCGCCCUUUUAUCGCAGGAAUUUCACUAGAGAUGCUCCAGUGUCUUCACAAUGAGACCAUGCAGUGUGAGCAAUACCAGGCAAUUGUUAAAGGAUUAGAUGCAGAAUUUACGAAGAUGAAUCAUCACAUCCAGUAUGAAGUUUUCCACUCGUUCCAACUUCCUUAUUUAAGGGGAUUGAAUGCUAGUGGAUCAGCUUGCACAAAGGACCUCAACAGCACCUCGUGGCUAUUGGUCAAUUUUGCACGUUUCAGUCGAUAUGCCAAGUAUCAAGAAUUUCUUUCUUUGAAUUCCAGGUUCAGUGGUUGGGUUGUUCUCAAGAAAUUAACCGUCAGGCAACUUGCACAGUUUUCUGCCAGUGAUGGAGCUCUGAAGACCCCCAAAGAUGUUGAGAGGGUGAUGCAUCUCAUAACAACAGCUACACUGACAGAAUACAUUAAUGAAUUCAGAAGACAGGACAACGUUAGCCUGCCAAAGGAGGUCCAAGCCAGCCUCCUGGAGCACUUGCUGGUGGCAGCCCAACCCAUCCUUCGAAAGGCAGAUGAUGUGGAGUUGACACUCUGGAUGAUGCAAUACCUCCCAAAAUUGAUAUCGGGAAUAAACAGUUCACUUGUUCCACUCUUAUUUGAGGAUCUGGAGACCAGAAAUUGUUCUGCUGUCAAUGCUGUAAUAACUCUGUUAAACGGCUCUCUUGGUCAAUUUGGCAAUGCUACUCGACAGAAAAUUUUUGAAGCCAUCCUUAGGGUGAUCUCAGCCUCCUCUCUUCGAUGCUAUGUUUCAAACACCAAUUUUUGGGUGUUUCUAGAAAAGACAUUUCAGGGUUUUAUUGAAUUCCUGACUUUGAAGGAUCUGGAAACUUUAAUUCCCUCCUCUGACCUCCAAAAGAUUGUGAAUACAGUUCCAGCAGAUGAUCUGGCUGAGCUGUUUUCUAGAGAGGGAUUCAUUGAUGAUGAUCGUUUCUUGAUGGCUGUGUUAAAGAUCUAUAAUAAAAAUGGCUUAUUUAUUGACAGACUUAACCAGAAGAAUAUUAGUGACAUUCUUCCAAACAGCACCAAAGUGGCUCUUUUGGCUGGGCUCUGGCCCAGUGUGGUUUCUAACAGCGAAGAGGCUGAGGUGUCCUUGUGGCUGGAUAGCCGAUUGGCUCCUUCCUUCAUGUUUCUUAAUGGUGAUAUGUUGAAUGCUAGUGAGACCUUGAAUACCAGCUGUGGCACAUUCCAAAAAAUAGUGAACAAACUGAAUGAAAAUAUUGCGAUGUUCAAAGAUAAGGAAGAAGAAAUGUACUUUUCCAUCAAAGCUUAUCUGACUGCAAGCGAAAGCAGACCCCGAUGCUACAAUCCCAGCAAUUCCGAGAGGUCCAGUUGGCUUGCGAUGUAUCUUGGGAACUAUAUUCGUUGCAGCAGCGCCAGAGACAUGCGUUUAUUCACAAACAAGAGUGCCGCCAUAUUUCAGGAUCUUGCUUUUAACCGAGACAACCUGGAGCUGAUCAAGAGAAACAAAAUCCAUAAAGAUUUGACAGAAAUGUAUGCUACAGCGUUAUUUACUGUUGACUCAGAUUUCAGUCUUGAUAGCCUUCCAGAUCAACUUGUUUGCUUUGCUCAACGUUCAACUUUGAUCUCCCGCCUGAGCCCUGCAGAGGCCUUGAGCUUCAUUGCCCUGGUCAACCACCAUUGCAGCUCUUCCAACCCAUCUGCCUCUGACCGUCAGCUUGCUCAUAUGCUUGUGGCUCAAGUCAAGACAUUUGAUAAAGAGACCUUGAUAGCUUUGGGACAGCAAGCAAUGGGGCUCACUGUGGGUCAGAUUUCAAAUCUAACACCACAAGACCUAGUAGAUCACAAGGUUUUGGAAUCACUCGGCCAGGUCAAGGGCUGGAACAGAGGACAAUCCCAGAUUCUGGUAAACAACAUCCUGCUCAAUUACAAGCUAGACACAGUUGAGAAAUUUGAGCAUCUCGGUACCCUGGCAGAAGGCUUGCCAGGUCACAGUUUUGACACCUUGGCAGCCUGUUUCGUAGUUAAGCUGGCCAAGAAUGUGGGCUUUCAGAGAGCUUUCAGAAAAAGUCCUGGUCAUGUGAAGAAGGCCUUUGUCAGUAAGAUCCUCUCAAACUCUUCCUCUCUUGAUGACAUCUUAAAUAAUGUUCCAGAUGAUUUAAUUGAAUUUGUUCCCAAUUCACUGCUGGUGUCUGGAGGCCAGAUUCCAGAUCUCCACAAGAUCAACGAGAAACCUUGGUCUCCACAACAGGCAGCAGUCAUGUUUGGAGAUCUCUUCGCCAGAAUUGAGAACUACACAAUGCUUUCUCCAUUCAUCUUGCAAGGCUUUCAGUGUAACACAGCAAGUAAACUGAUGCCUGGGCAGCUCUCCUCCUUAGUUCAAGAAGUGAGACGUCAAAAGGUCAAUUUGAGUGAAGAACAGCUCUCCUGCAUGGCCAGACUUCUCAUUAAAAGCAACCUGACCACAAACCUCAGCAGCUACCCAGCAGAUGUUCUGCUUUCUUUCCCCAUUAGUAAAGUAGAACAUCAAAGCUGUGAAAUGUUUUACACUUUGGCUUCUCAAGGGAACCUAAGUUUAUUGGCCAAUGGAUCAUCCCAGCGGACCAGACUUUUGGAGCAUGCAUUGCGUUGUUUUGGAGUAAAAAAUACCUCACUCAACAAAGAGCAGCUCCAAAAGCUGGGAGUCUUUGUGUGUGACAUGAAGCCAUCCACCAUCACAGACUCUGACCCGACAAUCCUGGAGAAUUUGAAAGAGUGUCCAGAUCUCACAGCUGCACAGAUUACAGCCCUCAGGAGGCUCCUGGCCAGUGGGAACACCUUAUACGGAUCUCCUGCCUCCUGGGAUGAAUCAACCCUUGAAAACCUUGGGCCUCUUGCUUUCUACAUAAAUCACACUAUCUGGGAUUCCAUUAACAAGGAAGAAAGGAUGAUCUUCUUCAGAAAGGUGAUGGAUGGAUACAAUAGCCACAGAGCUUUUCCAAAGGCAAAAACAAUCCUCUUCUUAAAAUCGGUUGGAUCUAAACCAGCUUCCUCUCUAAGAACUAAACGGGCAACUGAAACUUGCCGGUCUGCUCCCAUCACCAGCAGCAGCCUAGAAGAUCCGCUUUUCAUAAUUCGGUACGACAGUGCCCAGCAGUUGGAUGCAUGUCUGAGUGACGAAGUUGUGAAGGCCAACCUGGCUCUUUUGCUUGAACAGCCUCUCCCAAAUGACUACUUGGCCAUAGUUAAAAAGAAGUUAGACAAGAGCUACCCUGAUGGGAUUCCAGAAGAUCAGUUGAGACUGCUUGGCUUCCUCUCACGUCAGUACAGCACAGACGAGAUAGGCAGUUGGAACCUCACUUCCAGUGACACCCUGGCUGCCCUUCUGAAUGCAAACAAUGGUGCCUGGGAGAUGCCACAGCUCAGGCGACUGGUUGCAAGAUAUAUGGAACUGGGAGGCUCACUCACUGGUCCCUUACUGGACAUGCUGGGAGGCAAAUACCUGUGCUUUCUGGAUGAAGAUCAGCUGCAGGAAAUCAACCCAGCAUCUAUUAGGCAUGCUAAGAAGUUAGAUAUUUCUACUUGUGCCCAAGUGAAGAAAGAGACCUUGUACCAAAAGGCCCACUCUGCGUUUGCCAACCAAGAAGGAACAGGGGCCUAUUAUCCUCUUAUCCAGCCAUAUCUAGGGGGAGCUCCUGUCGAAGAGCUGAAAAAGCUGGCUACAUCUCAUGUUGGUAUGGAUAUUGAUACAUUUAUUAAUUUAAAUCCGGAAGAAGUAAAGAGACUCCGUGUCCAGGAUGUGAAAGAUCUGCUUGGUGUUAAUUUGCCUGACCUGAAAGAAGUUGAAAACCAUCCCUCUGUUGCCGUGUGGAUCAAGAGCAACUUUCAGUCUGUACUGGAUUCCCUUGGAAUUGGCCUGGUUGGAGGCAGGACACCUCUGUUCUCCACUUCUAUGGGCAGCACCGUGUCAAGUAUGUCUCUUAGUACAAAAUCUGACGAUGUGUUAAUUGCCACCUCCCCUGUUAUCCCAGUCAUGGAAUCAACCUUAUCUAGUCCAGGCAACAUCAUUGUUACUACCUCUAGUUCUGCCUCCUCGGAUUUGAACCCAUUCGUUUCUAAAGAUGCUACUGAGUCCUAUUCAACUCCUGUCUUCAAAAUCACUCUUACGACUAAUGAAAUCUCUCCUUCCAUUAACAAUACACAAACAACUCUUUCUGAUAGAGUGCCUGAAGAUGCUUUCCCCACCAAUAUAUCUUCCAGUGUUAGAGCUGAUACAGCUAAUACUAGGGCUGAUACAAUGGUUCCUACAACUGCAAGAAAUACACCUGUCCCCACUGAAAUUGCAAUAGAUUCCAAUAGUGCCACAACCAACAGAACAGACUUUCCUGUAAGUGGAAUCCCAGCCCCUUUCAUUGCAAGAGGGAUCAACACAACAACUUCUAACGAACGUAUCAUAAAUUCUAGCAAUGCCACUGCUAAUAGCACAGCUGCACCUCCCAUCCCCACAAAGUCCUCUCUUUCAGUUCCAACUGAAAUUGUAGUUCCCUUUUUGAACAUCACUACUACUUUAAAUGAAUCUGGCGGCACACCAGUCUCUACCUUCAUCUCUACCAUUACCACCGAUUUCAAUAACGGCCCAGCCAGUAGAACAGACCUUCCUUCUGUAUCAACAGAUUCUGCCACUGUUGUCCCCAUCACUUCGUUAAAUGUCACAGCUGUUUCAGAUGGAACAUUAUUCCACAGCACUGCAAGAUAUUUCAACACAACCAUCUUGAGUAAACUUUCAACAGAUUCUAACAAUAGCACAGUUGUUACUACCACUCCCUUAGAUUCCACCAUUGUUGUUACCUCCAAAACCAGAUCAAUUUCUUAUAAUGUUUCAGUAACUUCAAAUGAUACCAUCAACGACACUCUUUUCCAUUAUAAUGCAACAAGUAGCAAUAUGAUAUCUUCUGUUGAAACAACAGCAGCUUCUGAUAGCAACACCACAAACAAUGACACAGCAUUUCCUAGCCCUGUUGCAGUUGGACAUGUAACUUUUCACUCACCCACUGCUGUCAUAAACUUCACUGUUGGUGUAGAUACAACCACAGCCAGAACUUACUUCACCUCUGUCAUGUCUAGUAUAACCAGAACAUCUUCUGAACGGCUUUCAACACCACCUAAGCCCACACUGGCUAGAAACCCAGCAUUGGUCAGCAAAAAAUCCAUAACAGUUACAGACAAACAACCAACUGCGUCAAGCAAAAUGACUUUCCAUUCCCCAAAAACCUCUCCCAAGACAGCUAUUCCUCUGCUACCCUCCCCAAAUCGAACGACCUCAAAGACGGCUACAGCCAUCCAGAGAAGCAGCAGAGCAGCUCCACCAACAAAACCACCAUCGUAUCCAACUCCAAAUGGCUACAUUCAUGUGAAACCACUAAGUGCAUCAGCUUUAAACACACCACUCAGCUGGACACUUCUGGCAUUGUCUCUCACCAUUGGAAUCUCAAUUCAGAAGUUUCUCUAAAAAUAUGGAUAUCUCCUCCCCACCCUAACAAUUAUUGGUGAUGGUACCCGUAAUACUUUCAAAAUUCUACUACAAAAGCCAUAUUGACUCUUGGAAAGAUAUCAGUGCUAAGCAGACUAUGUCUAAAUGGACAGGUGUCAAAAUUUAUCGUAUGUAGAAAACCAUUGCACCGUUAUUGCUUGAAGAUGAACCUGCAUUUAUUGUCCCCUUCCUCUUUUCCCUAAUUGGUUAUAUUAGUUGAACACAACAUGACCAUAUUUCCAAUGCAUGGAGAUGCUAUCUUUCCACUGGAGUUUCUCAGUUCUGAGUGGAAGCAGCUUGAAACGUAUUUUUUCAGCAUCUGUCUUGGCAUCUGGAGUUUAGCAGCAGCAGCAGCAAAAAGAAUAGAAGGAUUUGAUCAAUUCAGACUGAUUUUCUAGCCCCACCAACUGACUGUGUCCUGUGUUGGAGGCUGGCUUUGAUAAUUACAGGUGGUCCUUGACUUAUGACCACAAUUGAGCCCAAUUUCUGUUGUUAAGCGAGACAUUUGUUAUGUGAAGUUUUGCCCCAUUUUACGACCUUUGUUGCCAUAAUUGUUAAAUGAAUCACUGCAGUUGAUAAGUUAGUAAUAUGGUUGUUCAGUGAAUCUGGUUUCCCCAUUGACUUUGUUGGUCAAAAGAUUGCAACAGAUUGGACACAGCAACGGUCAUAAGCAUGAACCAGUUGCCAAGCAUCUAAAUUUUUUAGUGCCAAGGGACAUGAAGAGUGUCUCAAAGAGUAAUAACUGAAGAGCAAGUCUAUCAAUAUCCUUUGACUGUUGUCCCUGUUUCCCUGUCUUCUAGAGUGUGAGCUAUUCCCCAAAACUGUUUCAUUUGAGCAUUUUAUGAGCAUCUUUCUUAUCUCCGUAAUUUCUGAAGAUCUGAAAAGUAUUGAGUUCAGACAAACUCUGAGGUUUCCAUGGGUCAACUAGGGUUGUUUAACCAACUGUGACUCCAUUUGAUAGUGGGGCCAUCCAUCCCGUUCUGUUCUAGUUUAUCAAAAAGAGGGUAUGGUUUACCUUAUCAAAUGCUUUAAUGAAAUCUAAGUACACUACAUCCAUAGCAUUCCCUUGGCCCACUAAUUUAGUCAUUAUCAAAGAAAGCAAUAAGAUUUCUUGUUUUCUGACACAAUUUGUUUUCAACAAAUCCAAGGUGCUUUCUGGUAAUCACUCUGUUCAUUUAGAAGUACUUGCUAACCUAAAGCUUGAUUGUCAUGUCUAGGAUUUUCCCAGGUAUUGAUGUUAAUUGAUCUGUUGUUUCCUGGAUCUACUUUUCUUUCCUUUUUAAAAUUUGGAAACAAU